AACAGCACAGGGUGAAUCCAACAGCCUCUUCUUUCUACUAUAUUUCUCCCUGAGCUACUAGAGCUUGAACAUACCUGAUAUUCUGCCUUCGUUUCAACUGAACUCGUGAGUAAGGCACAUUGCCUGCUAUCUGUCAAGAGUGAAUGGCAUGUUAUUACCUGAGGAGCCUAAAUUAACCAUCUUCCAGUACCGAAAGGAUUAUGAAGAAUUGCAUUUUUUUCAGCACCUUUGAUGCUUCAUUGUUGCCUGAUUUUUCGAGAGCAUGAGUUGUUCUGGUUAUCAAGGGUGCUUUCACCUGAAUAUUUCUUCAUCAGAUGCCACAAAAGUCUAGGAAAAUGAAGAAACUUGUGAUGUGGCGCUAACAGUUCUGGUUUCAGCUAGUGAAAACUUGCAGAGUCAGUGAGAAGGCAAAGAAAAAAAUUUGCCAAGGACAAUGUCGGUAACGCCUAGUAAUUUGUCAUUCAAUGGGACGAGCUUCUUUGCUGAAAAUCAUAGUGUUAUGGAUAAGCCUAGUGAGCAGAGAACUUUGAAUGUCUUUCUUUUCUGCUUGACUUUUAUCAUUGCAUUCACAGCACUUCUGGGCAGCAUUUAUUCACUAGUUUCCCUGCUGAAAAUGGAAAACAAAACCACUGUUUCAAUGAUUGUGACCUCUUUGUCGAUAGAUGAUUUGAUCAGCAUUGUGCCAGUGAUCAUUUUCAUGCUCACCCAGUGGUCUAGUAAUGUCCUCCCACAGCCUCUGUGCACCACCUCAGCGCUUAUCUAUUUAUUCCAGGGCAUUUCUAGCAACCUGAAAGGAUCUCUUAUAGUUUCUUACAACUUCUACACUAUCAACAAAAGUGAGACAAUGAGCUGCAGCACUUCCAAGCGACGAGUGAGCAUGGUACGGGCCAUUUUUACUAUUUGGAUUUUCAGUUUGCUGAUCUGCAUUUUGCCUCUCUGUGGUUGGGGCAAGUACACCCCUACCUCCUGGGGCUGCUUCAUGGACUGUACCAGUUCCUACAUCUUGUUUUUAUUUAUUGUCUACUCGCUGUGCUUCUGCCUCCUCACAGUGCUCUCUGUUCCUCUAACUUACCAGCUGUUGUGCUCAGAUGAGCAACAGCUAUUACACAUUGAUUACCAGGAAAUCUCUCGAGGCUACAUCACCCCUGGGACACCUGCAGGCUGCAGUACUGCUACCCCGUCUUUGUCACCGGUGGACCCUGUGGAUAAAAUCCUGAAGCAUUUCCAAAAUGCAUGUCCAAGUUCAGAGGCGGUUUUUAGGAAAGGUGUGGCUGAGAGCACUGCACUCGAGCCCCGUUGCAUGAACAACGUACAGAGCAGGAGCUUCAUGGUGGGCUUUGCCCAGAAACGAUUCUCACUGAUUCUUGCGUUGACAAAAGUCAUUCUCUGGCUUCCAAUGAUGAUACAAAUGGUUGUCCAGCACAUCACUGGCUUUCAAAGCCUUUCAUUUGAGACACUUAGCUUCCUGCUGACCUUGCUGGCUGCCACAGUCACCCCAGUAUUUGUCCUGUCAGAACACUGGAUCCACCUGCCCUGUGGCUGCAUCAUUAAUUGCAGGAGGAAUUCAUAUGCGGUGUCUUCAGAAGAACUCAAAACCAAACGGAGGGCAUUUGAAUUCAACCUGUCAUUCCAGCAGGGCUACGGAAUCUACAAAAUAUCCCAUGACAACCACUGCCACCACCACGAUGGUGAUGAUAAAUCGACGUCCUAUCACAACCUGGUGAGCUACGACAGCCAUAACUCCAAAGAACCUCGGCGAGGAAGCGGCGAUCGGGCCAGCGGCGGGGAGGCGGCGUUCAGCACCACGGCCCUGGCGGACAGCUCCCGGGGCGCCCCAGAGGGACCCCAGGCCCGGGCGGAGCCAGGCCAGGAGAGCAGCAGCGACCGCCUCCUGCCCGACAGGCUGGGGGCCUUUAGCAGAGAGGAGGUCAGAAAUUUUGAGAAAUCCACUUUUUUUGAAGGACCAGAACGGAGGCUGUCUCACGAGGAAAGCCAUAAACCCGAACUCACAGAUUGGGAAUGGUGCAGGAGUAAAUCGGAGAGGACCCCUCGGCAGCGAUCAGGUGGGGCCUUAGCUAUCCCUCUGUGUGCAUUUCAAGGAACUGUAUCUCUUCAGGCACCUACGGGAAAAACAUUGUCUUUAUCUACAUAUGAGGUGAGCACUGAAGGGCAAAAAAUAACACCCACAUCAAAGAAAAUUGAAGUCUAUCGCUCUAAAAGUGUUGGUCAUGAGCCAAACCCAGAGGAGUCUCCUAAUACAUUUGCUGACACAAACGUAAAAAUUCAUUUAGAGGUUCUUGAAAUUUGUGACAAUGAAGAGGCCCUGGAUACUGUGUCAAUCAUCAGUAAUAUCAGCCAGUCCUCCACACAGGUAAGGUCUCCAUCCUUACGUUAUUCACGGAAAGAAAACAGGUUUGUCUCAUGUGAUCUAGGGGAAACUGCCUCCUACUCCCUCUUCAUACCAUCAAACAAUCCUGACAGCGAUAUUAACAUAUCAAUUCCAGACACUGUCGAAGCUCAUCGGCAGAAUAGUAAAAAGCAGCAUAUGGAAAGAGGUGGUUAUCAGGAAGAAAUACAAAUGUUGAAUAAAGCAUACAGAAAACGGGAAGAAGAUGGCAACAGCAAUUAAAAGGCAUUUAAUCUAGACAUUUAAACUGAUUUGACAAAUACUGCUUCUCUUCCCUCAAGUCACCCUACCAAAUAUAUUGUCAACUGUUUUUUCCUAACAUACUAUUUAAUUUUGUUUGGGUACACUGUUAAAUAGAUUAAAACUUUUAAUGAUAUAUGGGUGGGAUAACAAUUACUUAAGUGCUUUACAGCUUUGCAUAGUGAAUUUCAAGUUAUUUAUAUAGCUAUUUAUUUGAGGAGCACUUGUCUCUAAAAGGAAUCUUAAAUAAAGUCUUAAAAAAUAGCUUUGGUUGCUUGUUGGCAUUGGGUGGUCUGUCUGUGGGAACCUGCAGAAAAUGAGGGAACUCCAUGGGUGUGAAGUUACAACGGUUUUGGCUGACUUGCAGUUGUGCUCUUACUGAUGUGCCAGACUUGAAACAUUUAUCUGAAAAAAUGUAGCCCAAACCUAAGAAAAGCUCAUUUAGUUGACCAAGUAGAGGAUUAAAAGAUGUGUAAAUCGUUUAAUUUUCUACUGCUCUAUACAUGAUUCAUAUGUAAUACCUAUAUAAGUGGCUAUUGUAUAGACCUUUGAAUAUGGGUGGCUGAAAUGUAAGCAUGCGCGUUUUGUAAAUAUGACAUUGUGAAACUUAAGAGUGUUCUCAUGGUUUGACAUUUCUUUGAUCAAAUGUGACAAACUGGUUAAUUUUAUGCCUGUACUCUGAAGAAUCCCCUUGUUUGCCUCUGUGAUCUCUUACCAAGUUAAGAAGUUUGCCAACCUUACAGAGUAUUUGCACUCAAUCCAAAUAAAGGCAGCAUUUGAAAUGUUUGAAGAGCUAGGAUGUCAGAAGUAAUUUGAAUAAUUCUUCAUGUCUGAAUUGUCCUUAAGUAGGGAAUAGUUUUACGGUGUCACCUCCCUCCUUGAGGCCCGUCUGAAGCUAGUACUUCUCUCGACACAGCCACAAGAGCAGGUGUACCUUGCAGAGAGUUGCAGGAGUCUCAAUGGCUCACAGCAAAAACACUAAUGUUUUAUUCUGAUAUAUAUAUUUUGUCAGUAAACCUGUCACUCUUCUUUGGAUGGACCCUCAUGCUUUAGGUCUGAGUCAGGAGCUGGGGUUAUGACUGAUUUGUGACUCCUUAGGAGAGACGGAAGGAGCUAUUCAAGGUGGCCAAACUUAGGGACUGAACUCAGAUGUCGACUUCAAGAGGGUGAGUGUGGUUAUCUACAUCAGGUUCCUGCCCUGUAUCACCCUCAGGAGGAGCCCAUCUUCCUACUUACUUAUAAAGAACAUAGAACUAAGUCUACAACCAACCUUAAAUCAGUGAAUACUCUAAUUUGUGUCAAAUUCAGACAAGCCAAGGCAUAAACAGAGAAUGGACCUCUAAAGUCUUACAUUAAGUAUACUGCAUAUGCUUGAAAUGCUAGUGUAUUUUGACUGAGAGCUCUUCUUUCUGACAGUUUGUUAUUCAUUUCAGUUAAACAGAGGUAAAUAUACUCCCAGAACUUUCAGCAGCUUGGUUAAAAAUUAUGCUGCUUCUUUAAUGAAUAAAUUUAAUUUCUAGUGGUACGUGUGAUGACAGAUGUCUGCAGUUUUCCACUUAGUGGGAACGUGCAAGGGCAAAUAAGCACAACCCUAUUCAGGAUUCCUGUAUGGGUUAUUAACAGACAGAGCCAAAGUGGCAAAUCCUGUGUCUGUUUGCACUCAGCAUUCGAUAUGGAGGCAUGACAACAAGCAGGCGACUUCCCUUCCUACUUCACCAGCAUAAAUCAGGCCUGCCGUUGUGAUCAGUGGGGCUGUGCUGGUGUGACAGUGAUGCAGCGCUGAAGAAAAUUGGGGUUUGAAGACUGCAGGUUGCUGUGAUAAAGAUGGAUCACUCUGCAAGUUGUGCUUUGUGUGCUGCCUUUCCAAGGUGAAAACGAGGGUUCUUUCUCUUAAGACUGCUUCAGGGCCCUUAGUUCCACUGAGACGCUUUGUUAUAUUUCAGAUCUAACAAGAAACUAGAGUAGAAGGAGCAGUUAGUGGUAAGUCUAUUGAAUAAAUCCAUAUCCAUACCCAGAGAGCAGAAGGACACAUUCUGCUGUCUCUGAACGUGUUGCUUAUCUUUAUGUUCUGUAGAAGGAGCACAGAAACGUAUCUUUAUAGCGACAGACACACUCGAUCCAGAUAAAGGUAGCACAGUUGUGAGGGAGGAUGUGCUCCAUUGCAGCUGCAGAUUGCUCAGGUGUUCUGUUUUUUCCCUGAAAGUGAUUCAGACUGUGUUAAUAAGUUUAUGUCCUGAUAUGUUAAUCUCUGAUGGAUAUAUUUACAAAGGGUUAAAAUUUGGUGAUAUUAAAAUUCCACAUAGCUGCAACCCUGACCUUGACCCAAUUGCAGAGUGUUGUCUUGCUGCUAUAAUAAAACAUAACAUUUUCUUUAAUGAAUCUGUAAAU